ACACGGUGGACACUAUGGACACGCUACUGACUCCGUCCAUCCUGUUGUUGUUGUUCAGCACGUUUGUCUGGAGUGGAUUCCUCGAGUAUGACCAAGACGUUUUGAUCCCAGACGACUGGACCCGUGCCGGUCGCGUCGAUCCCUCUGAGGAGCUAGAGCUGACCUUUGCCCUCAAGCAGCAGAAUGUCGACGUGCUGGAGGAGAAACUGCGACUGGUGUCAGACCCCGACUCUGCUCAAUGCGGUAAAUAUCUCAGCCUGGAGGAAGUGUCCUCCCUGGUGCGUCCGUCUGAAGUGACCCACAAAGCGGUGCGUCACUGGCUCCACAGUCAUGGGAUUACAAACUGCCAGAGUGUUUGCACUCGGGACUUUUUGCAGUGCACCAUGACUGCAGAGGUUGCAGAGAUGUUGCUUCCGGGAAGCAGGUUCCAACGUUACGUCAGAGACGGACGCACCAUAGUGAGGUCUUCAGCGCCGUACUCGGUUCAUGACGAUAUUCACCAGCACCUGGACUUUGUUGGAGGGCUUCACCGUCUCCCUCCCAAAGGACAGGACCAAGUGCGAAAGGACCCUGGAGGAGGAGGAGGGGUGCACAUGGGAGUGACUCCUGCUGUCUUAAGGCAGCGCUAUAACCUGACAAAAACUGAUGUGGGGACAAGUCAGAGCAACAGCCAGGCCGUAGCUCAGUUCCUGGAGCAGUAUUAUCACCCUGCAGACCUGGCCGAGUUCAUGAGCAUGUACGGCAGAAGCUUCCAGCAUCGGUCUCAAGUGGAUCGAGUGGUCGGCACCCAGGGGGGAGGACGGGCCGGUAUCGAGGCCAGUCUGGACAUUGAGUACAUCAUGAGCACGGGGGCAAACAUCUCCACCUGGGUCUUCACCAAUCCGGGCCGUCAUGAGUCUCAGGAGCCUUUCCUUCAGUGGAUGGUUCUUCUCAGCAACAUGUCCGACCUGCCCUGGGUUCACACCAUCAGUUAUGGCGAUGAUGAAGACAGUCUGUCCACUGCCUACAUGAUGCGCAUCAACGCGGAGUUCAUGAAGGCCGGCGUCAGAGGAAUCUCUCUGCUCUUUGCUUCUGGUGACAGCGGUGCGAGCUGUAGACAUUUAGGAAAAGAAAACACCUUCAGGCCCAGUUUUCCAGCUUCCAGCCCGUACGUCACCACAGUAGGAGGAACCUCGUUCAAAAAUCCAUUUAAAGUCACAUACGAAGUCACUGAUUACAUCAGCGGAGGAGGCUUUAGCAACGUCUUCAAGAUGCCCGACUACCAGGUCAGUGCAGUGGAAAGUUAUCUGAAGAGUGUGGCGGCGACUCUUCCUCCUCGCUCAUACUUUAACAGCAGCGGCAGAGCUUAUCCGGACAUGGCUGCGCUGUCUGAUAACUACUGGGUGGUCAGCAACAGGGUGCCGGUCCCUUGGGUGUCUGGGACAUCGGCUUCAACCCCUGUGGUCGGAGGCAUUCUGUCGCUCAUCAACGACCGCCGGCUGCUGAAGGGUUUGCCUGCUCUGGGCUUCCUCAACCCUCGCCUUUACAAGCUCAAGGGACAGGCUCUUUUUGACGUGACUGAAGGCUGUCACCUGGGCUGCCUGGACGAGCAGGUUCAGGGGAAAGGUUUCUGUGCUGUGCCGUCGUGGGAUCCCGUCACAGGCUGGGGGACACCCAACUACCCCGCACUGCUGGCUGCGCUGCAGGCUGAGUGAACACGGGCAGCUCAGGACAGCGCUGCCUGAUUGCAAACUAGACUCCAUGCGGGGUGUAACGAAGGGUUAAUGCUGCCUAUCUGUUGACAUUGAUGCUUCCUUUCUCUUUUUUUUUUCUCCAUUACAAGUUGAAAACAAUUGACCGAAUAUAUAAGUGGAUGCAGUCUUGUGUGUAAACUCCCACCGUGAAGUUCCACGCUUUGACCGGCGACCAAAGUUCAGAGGCAUCACCUGCAAACAGGCCCUCAUUGGUAUGUGCUGUACUUACUUACUGAAUUGAUUUCAUGUACUAUCAACAAAGUCCCUCAAACUAGCAAUUUACCAAAAAUAUCUGUACUUCACUUUUCAAACAGAAGGCUACAUCCAUUUAUAUAUUCAGUCUGUGGUUGAAACACUGUAUUCCAAUCAGCAGCUGAUUUAUUUGACCAAUUUAAGAAUAUGCAACUCCUUGCCAUGGACAUUUUUCAGGAAAAUUGUGGAUUUUUUUUGUAUCUGCUGCUGAGUGCAUUUAACUGACCCAGAUUCAUCAGCGAGUCUUGAAAACAAACCUGCAGGCAGAUGUUCGCCCUAAUCUCAUGCUUUCAAUUCCACUGGAGACAAUGUUUGAAUCAUUCUGUACCGUUUGCUUUCACCAAACCUGUAUAAAUGAACACGUACACAUCAGUCGCCUUCUUAGAUAUCAGUUUUAGAUCGAAUCACAUCUUACAUGCCAGUUGAAGUGAGUUCACCAGAUAAGAAAAAGUGUGUUUGUUUGUUUAAGCUAUGACAGAGACGGCCAUAACUUGUAAUACUGUCAGUUUUGCCAUAUUACUCUGCAGGGAUAACCUUCAAUUAUGCCAUUUAAUAAUAUAUAUAUAUUAAAAAAAAACAUUGAUCUGUGAUUAUCAGGACUUUUUACAACCUUACUUUGGUUUGUUGCCGUUUGCUUAAUAGCUACGUGCUAACCAAACUGCACUGCAAUAUGUGGGUUACAAUGAUUCAGCAGUUCUACCCACCAGCAUUGUUGCACUUUUUUUUUUUAAUGUUUUAACCAUGUAAAUCCUCCUUUUAUAUUAGGGCUUGGUGUUUACUUAUAGCUCAGGAUUGUCCUGAGUCAAGUGUGUGAGAAGGCUAAAAAAAUCCAGACACUGCAGUUUUUGUACCAGAUGAUUGAGAAAAUGUUGAAUAAAAUUUGUCGGUCAAAAGGAAAGUGAGUAAUGUCAAGUGGAAAUGAUUGAGAUGUGUGUUUAAAUGAUCUCCCAGCUGUAAGAUUUCACUAUGCUGCUAAAAUAGUUUUACAAUAUGAUUAAAAUGAUCAAAUAUGUAAUUUGCGGUACAAUGAAAUAAAAAAAAAAGGAUCACA